AUGUCAAACACCAUUACUUUUGUUACUGGUAAUGCCAACAAAUUGAAAGAAGUUGUCUCCAUUUUGUCUUCUGGAACCCCUUCUGAAGACGGAACGUCAACUGUUGGGAAAUUCUCAAUCACUAAUAAAUCUUUAGAUCUUGAUGAAGUUCAAGGUACCAUUGAAGAAGUUACAAUUCAUAAAGCAAAAUCAGCAGCCACCAUCCUUAAUGGCCCGGUGUUGGUUGAAGAUACCUGCCUUGGGUUCGAAGCAUUCAAUGACUUGCCAGGUCCUUAUAUCAAAUGGUUUGUAAAAUCAAUUGGUUUACAAGGGUUAGUUGAUAUGUUAUAUAAAUUUGACAAUAAGGGAGCUCACGCAAUUUGCACUUUUGGUUAUUGUGAAGGUCCAAAUAGCGAAGUUAAAUUAUUCCAGGGUAAAACUAAAGGUAAUAUUGUCGAUAGUAGAGGGCCAACUAAUUUUGGCUGGGAUUCAAUUUUUGAGCCAGAAGGAUUUGAUAAGACUUAUGCUGAAUUGGAUAAAUCAGUUAAAAAUUCAAUUUCUCAUAGAUUCAAGGCAUUAGAUAAAUUAAGAGAUUUCUUGACUAGUCAGUAA